UUCUCCUUCUUCAUCCCAUCCCCGAUCCCCUCCUAAAAAAGUUUCGAAACGCUAAUUCUCCUCAGAAAAUGGCGACCAUGGCCACCUCCUCCCUCGCCUCCAAGCCCAAGACCCCCUUCCUUGACCACCACCACUCCUCCUUCCAUGGCCUCUCGCUACCCUCCCGCGUCUCCACCGCUGCGGCCGCCGGCCGCUCCCCGAGUUCAGCCAGCCUCUCCAUCUCCGCCUCCGCUGCCACCCCCAAGUACGACCUCAACUCCAUCCGCUUCGACCCCAUCAAGGAGUCGAUCGUCUCCCGCGAGAUGACCCGGCGGUAUAUGACAGACAUGAUCACCUACGCCGACACCGACGUCGUCGUCGUCGGCGCCGGCUCCGCCGGGCUCUCCUGCGCCUACGAGCUCUCUAAGGACCCCUCCGUCAACGUCGCCAUCGUGGAGCAGUCCGUCUCCCCCGGCGGCGGCGCGUGGCUCGGCGGCCAGCUCUUCUCCGCCAUGGUCGUCCGGAAGCCCGCCCACCUCUUCCUCAACGAGCUCGGCAUCCCCUACGACGAGCAGGACUCGUACGUCGUCAUCAAGCACGCGGCGCUGUUCACCUCCACCAUCAUGAGCCGCCUCCUCGCCCGCCCCAACGUCAAACUCUUCAACGCCGUGGCGGUGGAGGACCUCAUCGUCAAGGAGGGGAGAGUCGCCGGAGUGGUCACCAACUGGGCUCUGGUGUCGAUGAACCACGAUACCCAGUCGUGCAUGGAUCCGAACGUGAUGGAGUCCAAGGUUGUGGUGAGCUCCUGCGGGCAUGACGGCCCGUUCGGAGCUACCGGAGUGAAGCGAUUGAAGGACAUCGGGAUGAUCGACUCAGUCCCGGGGAUGAAGGCGCUCGACAUGAACUCGGCGGAGGACGCGAUCGUCCGCCUCACGAGGGAGAUCGUCCCGGGGAUGAUCGUUACCGGCAUGGAAGUCGCCGAGAUCGACGGCGCCCCAAGAAUGGGGCCGACGUUUGGGGCGAUGAUGGUAUCGGGGCAGAAGGCGGCGCAUCUGGCGUUGAAAUCGCUGGGGAGGCCGAACGCGUUGGACGGGACGAUCGGAGCGGAGAAGGUGCAUCCGGAGAUGGUGCUGGCCUCAUCGGACGGUGGAGAUGUGGUGGAGGCUUAGAUCGAGUUAGGGAUAAUAACUGGGAGAGACUAGAGAGUGUGGGGCUGUGGAUGGCAUGAUGGGCUGUCGUUUGUCGUCUUUUUAUAAACGCUCAGAGGAGUGUAAAGACCUAGUUGGUGCUUUUAAAUUAAUUAAUAUAUGUGCGUUCAAAAAUUCGACUC